AUGGAUGCAUCACCGCACACCAUUAUCGAAGCUAGAGAAGAACUCAUGGUUUCACCCUCAUCUGGUGCAAACCCAACUCACAGAACUGCCUAUUUUCUCAAACCUUGUGUGAGUAGCAUCAAAGAGUCAGCAUGUGACUUUCUUCUUCACCAUUCCACAGACACUCUCAAUCCCUCAAAGUUGCCAAUUAAAGUGAGAUACAAUGGAUGGAGAAACCCACAAGAAGAAUGGAAAACAUGGGUCCAACAAUUGCAACCCAAGUAUGAAUAUCUUUGGAUAAAAGCUGGGGUAGACAAAGCCAUCAAAGCUUCUACAUAUGAAAUCCACAGGAAUGAUGAGUUGAUACUUGAGCUUGCUCAAAGAUGGUGUUCAAAGACCAACACAUUCAUCUUUCCUUGGGGAGAAGCAACCAUCACUUUGGAAGAUAUUAAGGUUUGUUGGGGUUACUCCGUUGUGGGAGCUCCAGUUUCUAGCCCUCUUGAGACCAAUGAGCAAAAGGAAACAGAAGCGGAACUAGUUGCUGCAAGAAGAAUCUUUAAUAGCACUAAAGCCAGAAAGGUGGUUCAUAAGCCAUGGAUGAUGCAUUUCAUGGAGAAUGAAACCAAAUUGGAGCACGAGGCUUUUUUGGUUCUAUGGUUGUCAAGGUUUGUAUUCCCUGCAAAUUCACCUGACACCAUUUUGAAAAGCGUUUUCCCUAUUGCCAUACAUCUAGCUAGAGGGAUUGAAAUGGCUAUUGCUCCUGCUGUUUUAGCAAGCAUUUAUAGGGACUUGAGUUUGCUCAACAGCAAAAUCAACAGUGCUAAGUUCAGAAGUAAUCUAGCUCUAUCUCUAUGGGCUCCUUUUCAGUUGGUUCAAAUAUGGGCUUUGGAGAGAUUUCCAUCACUGCAGCCUCAUCCACAUCCAAUUGAGCAAGGCCAACCAAGGAUGGCUAGAUGGGACAGAGUGAAAAUGAUGACAAAUAAAAACUUGAAAUUGACUUUGGAUUCUGCUGGAGCUAGAAAUGGCUUUAUGUGGCGACCAUAUAAGAAUUCACCACCCCUAAAGGUCUACAAUGAAAAUGACAUGUGGGAAUGUGAUAAUCCUUCUUUGGAUAGGGAAUUGCUGUCCUUUUGUCGAUGCUUGAGGGUCUCUGAAUUGGAGGGUAUGGGGUGUAUAGAGCAGUAUCUUCCACAUCGUGUUGCUAUGCAAUUUGGAAUGGAUCAGGACAUUCCUGCUAUGGUUGCUCGCUGUAAAAAGGAUCCUUGGAUAAAUUUUAAAGGAUCCUAUGGUCCACCACCUGGUUUUACUUCCAAGUUUAAGAGAGAUCAAGAAGUAGAUGUUGUUAGAGGAGCAAAUGGUCAAAUAGAAGAUGUUCUUGGAGGAGUAACAAGAGUCAAAAUAGAAGAUGAUGGGAAUGAAGCCAAAAUCAAGAGUCCAUUUUCUGAUAGAAAUGGUGCCAAUAACAUGGAAGGCCAAGGUAUCAGUCCUUGUAUAGUAGAGACAGCAUCUAACCUUGAAAACCGGAUUUUGGAGCUUGAAAGAGUGGUUGCUAAGCUUAAAGCAGCCAAAUUUUGGGGUUAG